AUGGCCCGCUCUCCAGACCGGAAGCCGUCGAGCUUGAACCUCCGGCCCCUUUUACCCAAGUCGCAGCGCAGUGUAACCGGCCAAGCGGACGGAAUACUCGUUGGAAAGGGCAAUUGCACGCCUCCUCAGUCUCAGUCCCUGGGCUGCACGGCCUCUCAGAUCGAGGCCUCGGUCGUGCACACCAAGCUGGGCGCGACCGAACUUCCCCACCACUUUUACACAAACACAAACGCCGGGACCCUCGAUGUCGUCUCGGAAAACACCUUGACCUUCUCGGAGACCCUGUUCUGCCAAUAUCCCCAACCUACACAUUCGGCUUUUCCACGCGUGGAAGACUUAGAAGGCAGUGUUGGGAGCAUCAUAGCUACGCACCGCGACGCCCACGAAUCUUCUGGCUCGGAACAUGGUGUGGAUGAUUGGGUCAAGAAUCAAGAAGAAUCCUUUCCCGGAAGGCUUUACAAGCCUGCAGGAGAAACACACAGACCAGCUGGCCUGAACACCGAUGAGCCCGUCUCGCAGAAAUCGGACAAUGGGGAUUGCGACUCGCCCGAUCUACCCACCUUCUUCCAAGACGAGAUGGCCAUGAGAGAGUACCAACGGAGCUCGAUCAGCUCCAAGUCGGAGUAUUCGGACUUGGCAAGGUCCGGUCAUGACCCAGUCGCCCACCCAGUGCCACCACCACCACCACUCUGCGGUCUGCCUGAGCUUCGCCCGGGCCUGGAUCGCGUGUCUUCUCCCACUCGGAGGAAUCCCCCAGUUCCCGAGUCAACGACCGGACAAUCGUCAAUCAGAGCGUCCAUUUGGGAUUCAUCCUCUCUCGCCUCCUCCUCGCUACCUCGCACCAGCAUCUACGGAAGCACGCCGUCAAUUGCAUCGUCUAGAGCCAGGAACCAGUGCACAGAUUGCAACAAAUCGUUCAAGCUCGCUAAAGACCUCGAUCGCCACUUCCAGAGCGUCCACGCGCGCGACCCGGAGUCAUACAGGUGUAGGUGCAGCUAUCACACCACUAGGAAGGAUGUGAUCAAGCGGCACAUUAGUUCCAGUGGCGCCCAGAGGUGCGCGUCCGCCAGGCCGGAUGCCGUCGAUGUCUGCAUCUGCAAGCGCUACGAGACGUCUGAUGUGUUCUGUUUUUUUGAGCAUAUCAAGGAGUGCAAGAAGAAGCCUCGGGGCAGACCGAAGAAGAACAAAUUAAUUUAG